GGAGGACGACGACGAGUCGGGAUCAGCCGGUCGUCCCGAUCGCCGAUCGGUCGUACACGCUCCUUCAGAUAUCUUGAGGCAUUAAUUAGCGGCGAGCCACGAAUGUGAGGUACCGCGGGACCCAACAUAAAAUUAUACGUUGUGUUGUACAUACCUAUACCUAUAUACACGCGAGAUCCAGGGAAACGAGAUCAAGAUGCCGCUUUUUGGGAAGAAGGACACGAAUAAAAAGAUCAAGAAGGAUGGGAAGGACGACCGAUCGCCCUCCGUCGAGGACAAGUACAUCCUAAAGGACCUGCUGGGAACGGGAGCAUUUUCUGAAGUGAGACUGGCGGAAAGCAAAGAGAAGCCGGGUCAAAUGUUUGCCGUAAAGAUCAUCGACAAAAAGGCGCUAAAGGGCAAGGAAGAUUCGUUAGAGAAUGAAAUCAAAGUUCUGCGAAGGUUCAGUGAAAGUGCGACACCACAGAGUGGUGGCGGAUCACUCAAGUCGGAUAGUAGUGGCGAAAAGAGAUGGCUAACUCACCCCAAUAUCGUUCAAUUGCUGGAGACGUUCGAGGACAAGCACAAAGUCUACUUAGUUAUGGAGUUGGUUACUGGUGGUGAACUAUUCGAUAGGAUUGUCGAAAAGGGCUCAUACACAGAAAAGGAUGCAUCUGGUUUAAUAAGACAAGUGCUCGAGGCAGUAGACUAUAUGCACGAACAAGGUGUUGUUCACAGAGAUCUAAAACCGGAGAAUCUCUUAUAUUAUAGUCCAGACGAGGACAGCAAAAUAAUGAUCAGCGAUUUCGGCCUAUCGAAGAUGGAAGAUUCUGGGAUUAUGGCGACUGCUUGCGGUACGCCAGGAUAUGUCGCACCCGAGGUUCUAGCGCAGAAACCAUAUGGCAAAGCAGUGGAUGUAUGGAGUAUAGGAGUUAUUUCGUAUAUUCUUCUGUGUGGAUAUCCUCCUUUUUACGACGAGAAUGACGCUAAUCUGUUCGCACAAAUUCUGAGAGGUGAAUUUGAAUUUGAUUCGCCAUAUUGGGAUGAUAUCAGUGCUUCUGCAAAGGAUUUCAUUGGAAAGCUGAUGUGCGUCAAUGUUGAAGAACGUUACACUUGCAAACAGGCUCUUGCGCAUCCUUGGAUUUCCGGCAACGCCGCUAGCAAUAAAAAUAUUCAUGGUACUGUAUCCGAACAACUUAAAAAGAACUUUGCCAAAUCAAGAUGGAAGCAAGCGUACCAUGCAGCUACAGUUAUACGUCAGAUGCAACGGUUGGCGCUAAACAGUGGCCAGCAACAACAACAACAGGAGAGUACAGGCUCGAUCGGCCCCUCCAGCGGUAACCCCAUGCAAUAUCGAGAGCAAUCGCAGGUUAGCUACAACCAGCAUACGGAGCCGUCGCCACCGCCCUCGAGCAAUCUCAGCAAUUGAAGCAAACGCGAAUCGUUGCUCAUCAUGUCAAGCCUGAUGUUUACGAAUCUCACUUCUCACUUCAUUCCAGUCACUCCCG